AAAACACAUGGGACUAAUUGUUUUGAAGAAGACAGUGUGAGAAAGAAGAGGUCCAUUUACGCGGCCCAACCCAAAUCUCUUUCGUCCCUGCCAAAACCAUAACCGCCUUAUUCCGCCCCCGAAGCCCAAAGGCGGAGAGAUUCGAAGCGUUGCUCGUCUGCCAAACUGAGGGAGUCAGGCUAAGUGUUGUGCUGCAUUCUGUCGGUUGGGGUGAGGAUUACAAGUAAAAGAGGAGAGUAGCCAUGAUAGGAAGUGCUCGUGUUCGGCUGAACCGGUGGCAGCAGGCAGCCGUUGCGGUUGGCUCAGCUGUGGGCGCAUUGCUGGACCCAAGAAGAGCUGACCUCAUAGCAGCUCUUGGAGAGACAACUGGGCAGCCUGCAUUUGAAAGAGUUCUUGAAAGAAUGAAGAAGAGCCCUGAAGGCAGGGCUGUACUGUUGGAGCAACCCCGUGUAAUAUCUGUAAAAGUGAGUCAUGCAUGGGAUCUACCAGAAAACACAUUUGGUGCGGCCUAUGCAAAGUUCAUGGGGACCAGGAACUUCUCCCCAGAUGAUCGACCGCCAGUGCGGUUCAUGGAAACGGACGAGCUUGCAUACGUGGCCAUGAGGGCUCGCGAGGUGCACGACUUCUGGCACACCCUUUUUGGCCUUCCAACGAACUUGAUGGGUGAAUCGGCACUCAAGGUAAUAGAGUUUGAGCAAAUGUACCUUCCCAUGUGCCUGAUGUCCGUUAUAGGGGGGUCGGCAAGAUUCAGUGAGAAGCAAAGAAAAUUGUUCUUUCAACACUACUUUCCUUGGGCCAUCCGAGCCGGAAUGCAGUGCACAGAUCUCAUGUGUGUAUAUUAUGAGCAGCACUUUCAUGAGGACUUGGAGGAUGUUCGGAGAAAAUGGGGCAUAAUUCCUGCUCCGGCUGUUCCUAAACAAACCUGAGCACCGGCAGCUUCAUCUGCUAUGGGGGAGACACUGUAGAUUUCUGGAGCACAUGAACUGGUUAACAGACUAAAUUUUGUUUGAACACAUCAAGAAUUACCGUAUGAUUUCAAUCUUCAGAAAUUGAAUCUCGUGGGACAAGAUAACUCAUGUAAAUUAUGUCCGGUCCUUGCCAGCACGUCUAAUUAUUUCAUAGUGGUUUUCUAUUUUUCCUUC